AUGAUAUUACAGAUUCAUAAAAUAACCGAAAGUCUAUUUUUAUCUGUUUGGACAAACCGCUCUGGUUUUCCCGACGCGUGCAUGGGCGUCUGCAUCCGCACCUGCUCGCUGCAUCUUCAUAACACCACAGAGGAUGGAGAGGAGAAAGAGUAUGUUGGCUUCGCCACCCUCCCGAACCAGGUUCACAGAAAGUCGGUAAAGAAGGGCUUUGACUUUACGCUCAUGGUGGCAGGGGAAUCUGGUUUAGGGAAGUCCACCCUUAUCAACAGCUUGUUCCUCACAGAUCUCUACAAAGACAGAAAACUACUAAAUGCUGAAGAGCGCAUUAGUCAGACAGUGGAGAUCAUCAAACACACUGUCGACAUUGAGGAGAAAGGUGUUAAGCUAAAACUAACCAUUGUGGACACACCAGGGUUUGGAGACGCUGUCAAUAACACAGAGUGCUGGAAGGCAGUCACGGAUUACAUUGAGCAACAGUUCGAGCAGUACUUCCGGGAUGAAAGUGGAUUAAACAGGAAGAAUAUCCAGGAUAACCGAGUCCACUGUUGCCUAUACUUCAUCCCUCCAUUUGGACAUGGUUUACGGCCCGUAGAUGUAGAGUUUAUGAAGGCGUUACAGGACAAGGUCAACGUGGUCCCGCUCAUUUCCAAGGCUGACUGUCUGACGCCAGCAGAGAUGAAAAAGAUGAAGGACAAGGUGAGAGAGGAGAUUGAGAAGUAUGGAAUCAAAGUGUAUCAGUUUUCAGAUUGUGAUUCAGAUGAGGAUGAGGAGUUGAAACAGCAGGAUCGAGAGCUGAAGGAGAGCACUCCAUUUGCUGUGAUCGGGAGUAACACAACCGUGGAGAUUAAAGGUCAACGGGUGAGAGGAAGGCUGUACCCGUGGGGCAUUGUAGAAGUGGAGAAUCAGUCCCACUGUGAUUUUGUCAAGCUGAGGAACAUGUUGAUCCGAUCUCACAUGCACGACCUGAAGGACCUCACGUGUGACGUGCACUACGAAAACUACAGAGCCCAGUGCAUACAGGAGAUGACAAGCAAACUGACCCAGGACAGCCGCGUGGAGAGCCCAAUCCCCAUUUUACCGCUGUCCACCCCUGACGUAGAGACAGAAAAGCUGAUCAAGAUGAAGGACGAAGAGCUGCGGAGAAUGCAAGAGAUGCUUCAGAAAAUGCAACAGCAGAUGCAUGAACAGGACCUGUGAGGUGCACAGAAACAACCUAAACUUUAUUUAACUUUUUAUUGAACAAGUACACAGAUAUGUAAGCAUGGCUUGAGCACUAUGGAUUAAACAGGGUCGAAGUUAAUAUUUAGCAAUGCUUAAAAUAUUGUGAACAGUAUCAAUCGUUUUAGCACUUACAGACACCUGUUUCCAUGGCAGAGGAUGCUUUACACAUUGUACAGUCUUUUUCUGUUGUGUGCGGUAUUGGUUUUGUCAUUGGCACAUUUUGUGACACUUUUUUUGUACUUUUACAAAUGCGUGUGUGAAUGUGUUGAUCUGUGCAUAUUUGUUUAAAGUAAGAGUUACGAGUAUUUGGGUGAUUUCCACGUUUUAAGCAGCUACACAAUAGGUUUACACAUUUAAAAAGGAACAAACUGAUAAUCCUCUUAAAGCUAGAAAUAUGUUCAUUAUACUUUCUUCUCGUGGCUUAUUUAUUUAUGUUGUUUAUUUUAACAUCUUAUUAGAGCUUUCAUUAAUUUUGUAUUAACAAAUUAGGAUUAUCGGCUUCCGUCAAUAAAGCAAGGAUUAUGUUUUACAAAUCCAUACCAAUUUUUGGCAGCUCUCUUUUAUAGAUAGCACAUGUGUGGUACUCUUAGACUAUUUUGUAUUAUUCUGCGUAUUAAAAUGCCAUUUACACUAUAAGUCGACAAUUUUGUCCUUAAAGGGGACGUAUCAUGAAAUUCUGACUUUUUUCAUGUUUAAGUGCUAUAAUUGGGUCCCAGUGCUGCUAUCAAUCUAAAAAAUAUGAAAAAUAUCAACCCAGUAACUUAUUAUAUGCAAAUAUGUGGAAAAAUAGAUUCAUUGAAAAUUGGCUCCCCUUGUGAUGUCAGAAGGGGAUCAUCUAUUUAUAAUAAUACCACCCGGUAAUCUGCACCAUGGCACUGCCAUUUAGUGCAGAGAUCAGCUCAUUUGCAUUUUAAAGGACACACCCAAUUCUUGCACAUUUUGCUCACACAUACAAAGUGGCAAUUUUAACAUGUUAUAAUAAAUUAUCUGUGGGGUAUUUUGAGCUAAACCUUCACAUCUGUAUUCUGGGGACACCUAAGAUUAAUUUUACAUCUUAAAAGUCUGGUGAAAUGUCCCAUUUAAAAUGAUGAUAUUGUUAAUAUUUAUCACUGCUAUAAUGAGUGUAAUGAAAAAGUAAACAAUAUCAGACAAUCUCCAUCAGCAGAAAGCAUUUAAUUCACCUGUAUGCUUGUUUUAAAUGAAUGCAUUGUGAUUAAUGAAGCCAUAAACCAUGUGCAUGAAACAUUCAAUAUAAUCAUGUAUCAUUCACAAAAUCCUCGAA